AUAAUAGAUUCCACAGAUGUCCGUGAAACGAUGGCCUGCCCAACGUUCAUCGCAGUCCAUCUCAUGGAGCGGUGUUCAGGUCACCGGUGUUCGACUCCGGGUAGAAGAAAAGGAGGAGGAGCUCUCAGAGGAGAUCCCAGACGAGUUCGACAGUCCACAGGCCAAUGUUUUGCAGCUGCUUCCCAUCGAGACUCUCCAGGAGCAGUUCCCCCACAACGCCAAUCUUCAGCAGCAGUUCGCAAGCUUAGCUGCCAGCUUUCAAGCAUGGCGGCCUAUUCGUGGAGAUGGCAACUGCUACUACCGGGCCGUUCUCUUCGCUUGGCUUGAACAUUGCUUCGCUCAAGGGUUGCAGCGCCCUCUGCAAGCUUUGCUAGAAAAGCUUGGCAACGGCAAAGAGGCCCAACUUUGCCAAAACCGCUUGAAGGCUUGGCUGCUUCAACGGCAAAAAUGCACAGAUGAUGCUGGUGUUCAAAGCAUUUUGGAGCGUUUGACUGCAGAGUUCAACCGCAAGGAUGUGGACUAUGCGUUUGUCUACUGCCUACGUCAGCUUGUGGCCCAGUACGUGCGACUACACGCGAAGGACUCUAUUGAUGGCAGCUUGACCUUGGAGAGCUGGGCCUUUGCAACUGGGGCAACGAACAUCGACGAGUACUGCGAGCAACACAUUUGCUCCAUGCAGAAGGAUGCUGCAGAUCAUGUACAGUGGGUUUGCCCCAGGGUUCUGGAGACCAUCGUGCGCAUUUGCAUGGUGGACCGAGAGACAGCGCGCUGUACCUUUAUUGACUACGGACAGGCCAAACCGGGGCCACCGCCCUACGUGGGUGCCACCUCCGUGCCCACUGCUGCAGAGCUGACGGUUGGGGGUUCCCCAGAGAUUUUUCUCCUCUUGAAGCCCGGUCACUACGACAUUCUGGUGCCCAGAAGAAAGUUGCGACCAAGGCCCCACAAGUUGGAGAAGACUCAGGAUGUGGGCGAGCUUUGUGCUGGCUUCAGGGCAGUGAUGAGGUGUCUUGAAGAGAAGUUGGUGCACGAGCUGCUUGAGCACCGUCGAGACUGGAAGGAGCUCGACCACUUUCAAGGGCAGCUAACGAGCGUUCUAGAGCCAUUGUAUCACAUGAUGCAGGUUCCUUCACAACCAGAGAUGUCUGCGAUGCGCGCACUGCUGCCCUGUCUAGAUGAUUUCUUGCAGAACACACGCCCUCAGCAGGUGGAUGCCCCACGUCCGAAGCAUGCAGUGCGUAACAGUCGCGAGCGCAGUGAGCCCAAACCUGGUCUUUGCUGUGUUUGCAUCAAGAACGAAGCAGAGAUCACAGCCAAGUGUGGCUGCUCGUAUCAUCGCAGGUGUUUGGAAGAAUAUGCCCACGCAAGCACUUCUUGGAGCCAGCUUGCGUGCAAGUUGCACAGGCGAAUCUUUGGGCAUGACUUUCUGAUUUCGCACCUGGGUGAUGCGAUGGCAGCUUUACUCCUUCCACAGCCCUCCCCAAGGCGGCCGCAGUCCCAGCAGAUGCAGAGUGGGCACUUGGGGGUGGCCCUUGGGGUGCCCUGCGUAAUUUGCUUUGGGGAAGAUGGAGUCCUGAAAACGCUCCACUGUGGAUUCAAGGCGCAUUUGCACUGCCUCAAAGACUUUUGGUUCCAGAAGGUUUCGACUCUGUGCCGCAUCACAGACAUUCGCUGCCCAGCAGAAGUUGCAGGAUGCGCAUCAGUGCUGCUGGAGAGCGACCUUCGAGGCGUCAUCACCCGUGAGGACUUGCAGCUUGCAGAGCAGACGGUGCGAGAAGUUGACGAAAGGAAUCAGCGUCUCAUUGAGGAGCUGAAGCGACAGAGCGAGGAGUAUCGGCCAACUUUCAGGUGUGCGAUUUGCUUGGUGGACCACGAGGUGGAAGGAUGUUGCACACUGCCGUGCCAGCACCGUUUCUGCUUUGAAAGCCUCCAGUAUCACUUCGAUCUGAUCGUACGGGAGAGACGUCUCAGCAAGCUUACAUGCCCUGCAGAGGGUUGUGGCUACAAUUUGCGCUCAGAAGACUCGAUUCAUAUCUUCCAGCAAUGCUUGCCAGAAGAAUCCUACUACAAACUGCUGGAAUUCCUGACUCGUGAUGAUCCACACAUUGUAGACUGCCGAGCUCUUGGUUGUGAGGAACGUGUUUUCUGUGAUGAGGGGGACGACUACGCCGAUUUGGCUUGCCCCAAGGGCCAUCGCUUCUGUGCGAAGUGCGACAAUGGGCCCCACCCCUCUUUGAGCUGUGCUGCGCGGCGCAGCCAACUGGAGCAAGAAAAGUGCGAAGUCUGGUCUCAAGUGCUUUCAAUGGGUUGGAAGCCUUGUCCACGAAAGUGUCGCUAUGGCGGUGGGUACAAGGCACAAGAGGAGUGUGACCAUGUCACUUGUGAAUGUGGGCACCAAUUCUGCUGGGAUUGUGGCAUUGAUCGUCGCAUCCCCCUCGCGCACGACAACAGGUGGCACAAACCCAGCUGCCGCUACUACACGCGCUUGGAAGAGGUGGCCGAGUUACCCAAGUUUGAAGCGAGCUGUCCAGCAUGCCGACGGUCUGGGGAUAGCAAGGAACCUUGUCACUUCCCAGACGACGACGGCUACCCUCACUCGUACUUGAACUGAAGGACAGAUCUACCAGAUCAACUUGUCAAACUUCGACCUACCUCAUCUUCCCGAAGCAUUUUGCCCAUGCUAGUGCUUUUGGCACGACUGAUCCGGAACCCUUUGUCAAGGCAGAGCAGCUGAGACGCUGAACUGAACGUGGAGAAGGAAUCGAAUGCAAACACCCAAGGCGCUGGACAUUGUGCGAAGCAUGAGGGACAGAAAGCCGUAGCGUCCCUUUGCCAGGAGCCCCUAGUAGCGUCCUUGUUCCAAUAGAAGAUGGUUUUGAGAUGUUUUGAGAAAGGAGCGCGCACGCAAGCCUAC